GGGAGGGAGAUUUAGUCUAGCCGCAGGCCAGCCGGGGGUCAUUUUGUCUGGGGUCUCUGCUCUGGCUAAGGGCGGCUGAAGGCGGCUGAGGGCGGCCGAGGAGCGACGUCGCUCCAGAAUAUGAAAUAUGGAAAGUCCAGACAGAAAAAGACAGAAGGUUUUAAAGGCCAAGAAAACAAUGCCUACAAGUUGCCGGAAGCAGUUGGAGAUCCUGAGCAUGUCAAUGAAUGUUGAAGCUCCACAAACAACAGUUGGAACUAAUAUUCCAAAUGGCCAUAAUCCGAAGAUGUUUUCAGAAAACAAAGAAAAUGUUAAGGUCAUGAAAACUUCAGAGCAAAUUAAUGAAAAUGCUUGUGAGGCUCUGGAAAGGCAUACAGCACUGCUAGAACAGGUUAAACAUUGGAUUCGACAGGAGAUCUGCAUGGUAAACUGUAAUUUAUUUGACAAAAAACUGAAUGAAUUGAAUGAACGAAUUGGGAAGACCCAGUGCAGGAGUAAGCAUGAAGCAAUCGCUGGUGAACUUUUUGUAAAAAUAAGAAGACUUCAAAGACGUAUCAAAGUAUUAUCGUCUCAAAGAAAUUGUUUGGAACCAAACACAUUACCCAGUAAUACAGUCUGUAAGGUUACAGAUUCAGAGGCUGUGAAUUUGAAUGUGACCCAAAAGUCAGUUAAGAGUCGAAGUAAAGGAAUGUCUUCUAUGAACCAUUCCCCUUUAAGCUCUUCAGAAAAAGCAAGUAGAAAGAUUAAUUUGCCAUCAGCUUGUGUUGAGUUUGCUUCUGAAAGUAACACUGAUGAUGUUAUGUUGAUUUCUGUGGAAAAUCCUAAUUUGAAAACUUCAAUUACAUCAGAUCCAGCAGAAAUUAGAAAAAAUACAUCAAGAAAUUUCAGCAACUCACGUAAUAGCAUGAUUAAAGUUGGGCCUGUCAAGAAGAAAUUUGAUUUUGUUAUUGACUUGACAAGAGAAGGCCUGUCCAACUACACCAUAGAAAGCCGGUCAUUCACCCAGAAGUCAACUUCGAAAGCUGUUUUAAGAUCAAAAGAAAUAAUCUCAGUGGCAGAAAAUGGAAAUGAGGGUUUUGAUUCAUUUGAACACCUUCCACCUCUCCCAGAGCCGCCACCACCACUCCCUGAGAUGGCAGACAAAAUCCAAGAUACACUUCCUCCCCAAAAGCCUGAGCUGAAAGUGAAACGAGUUCUGGGGCCCACAAGCGUUGCCCUGACAUGGAACAUUCCGAAGGUCAACCCCAAGUGUGCUCCUGUGGAGAGUUACCACAUCUUCCUGUACUAUGAGAACUCUAGUCAUUUGACUUGGAAGAAAAUUGCAGAAAUUAAAGCUUUACCACUCCCCAUGGCUUGCACCUUAUCUCAAAUUUUAGCUUCUACCAAGUAUUAUUUUGCUGUCCAAUCAAAAGACAUUUUUGGGAGAUAUGGACCAUUUUGUAAUAUCAAAUCUAUUCCUGGGUUUCCUGAAAACCUUACCUAAAAGUCCUCAAUAAUUUUAUAUUAUAUACAUGUCAUGUUUUCAUAUUCGAAUGUUUUGUUUCUCUAACACUAUAUAUUGUAAUAUCACAUGUUGCAGUUUGUGAACCCUUUGUUUGGGGACAGUCUUACAUUGUAAUUGCCCUGGAAUUUUGUGUGUUUCUAAUUUGCAUUCAGUAUUUACUUCUGUUAUCAGUGUUUUCAUACACACUCUAUCAUGGACCCAUGUUGUCACUGUGUGUUCCUAUGGUGGCUAUGGAAUUGCUGCUGUGUCUGAAGCCGUCAGGUACAAGCAACCACUUUUCCCAUUCUUGACAAUCAGCUAUAAGCAAAACCAGCCGUCUCUGACAUAUCUAGUAUACAGAAAUUCUUUCCUGUUGUUUUCAUUCUAAAUCGGGCUAUUGAUUUGUACCCUUUGCUUUUGUUUGGCUGGCAAUCAUUUGAGAGAAAUAGCUUGGAGGUUUUGCCUAAACAGCACAAUUUGUUAGAUCAGGCAUUGUGGAAUAUGCCUCUAAUGCCAGCACUUGGGAGUCAAAGGCAAUGCCAGCUUGGUCUACAUAGAAAAUUCCAGUCCAGCCAGAGCUACAUAAUAACAAGCUGUUUCAAAAAGAAAAAAUGGUUUUGUUAGACUUUGUGUGUGUAGUAUGAACAUGAAAAUGCACAGUGCUUCAUAUAAAAAAAAUAUCAUUCAGCCUGCUAUUUCAGCCAUGGAGUUAAUCUCUUAGACUUGAGGCUUUAAUUUUUCCCCUUUGCCAAUUUCCUCAUUUCUAUCAGAACUCAAGAGAACAUAACACUAAAGGCUCUAAUAGAAGAGCCCUUUGCAUACCUUGCACUGAAGUGAAGUGCAAGCAGCCCAGGAGACACUUGAGAUGCCCAAGUCACUACCAGAAGAAAUAGACUAGACAGCUAGUACUGGGAUGUUAAAAAGUGGAACUGUAGCAUGGUUUCUAAGUGGGGUACUCUUCUGGUAUUCAGUGGAGUUCUGAGAUAGGAUCAGGAAACCAUAUUUGACAUGACUCCAUCUUCACAAAUAAAGCUGGUAUUUUUUGAGGUUUUACUGUCUUUAUGAAACAUGAGUGAGUCAGGUGUGGUGGCAUAUACAAAUCUUGGGAGGUUGAUGCAGAAGGAUUGUGAAUUAAAGGGCAGCCUAGUCUGUGUAGCUUGUGAAAGAAGCAGGUUUAGGACUAGCAUGGUGGUGCAUGCCUUUAAUCCUAAAACUCAGGAGGCAGAGCCAGAUAGAUCUUUGAGUUUGAGGGUAGCUUGGUCUACCUAGCAAGUUCCAGGGCAGCCAAGUACCUGUCUCAAAGAACUAAAGGGGGAAACUGUUUCUAGAUGUGGUCACCUGCCUGUUUUCAGGCAUUUUGUAGUGGAUAGCAAGACUUGAGCUAACUGUGUGUAUAUCAGCAGUGUACCUAGAAAGCUGACAGGACCACAGGAAGGCCACCAUCUGACCUUCUAGCUAAACAUUGCUGAGUUUUGUCCUUUGAAGGAACCUAGAGUGGAGUUUCCAAAUGUUAAUAUUUCAGUGACACCAGAAGAGCCAACUUAAGAACAGGAACAUUCACAGCACAAAAAAACUAAUACCCCAUAAAAAUUGUCUACUGUGCAUUUUCCUCUAAACUUGCCAGAAAGCCAAUGUUGAGUAAUGGCAACUGGUAGCUCAGAUUCCCAGACAAUAGCCAGUAGAAGAAAAUGGUAUAUUGCAACAACCUAUAUAGCUUUAGAUUUGUAAUGGUUUGUAAAAAUUAUGUUUUGAUACAUCUUUUUUUUUAAAUGAGGAAAUUAUGCCAUAAUUCAUAGAAGUCAUAGUCACUAAAUUCAAGCUUCAAUACCAAGGGCCUGGUUCUUAGAUCCACAAUGUGUAUGCCAUACUGAUACGGAUGGAUGAAGGGAACAAGAUUUAUGUCACCUUUUCUGCCUUAGAGCUCCAUGUUAAAGCCCAGCUGCAGAAGCUGAAGUAACAAUGCAAGUCUAGUAUAUGCUGGGUUCUGUAGAACAUUAGUUCUCAACUUGUGUGUUGCAGCCCCUUUGGGGGUCAAAAGACCUUUCACAAGGGGUCACCUAAGGAAAAGUAAAGAUGGUGGCCACCACUGGCACCUGCCAUAGAGUUCCAAGGAGUCUGAGGAAACCCAUAGAGGCUCUGAAGGGUGAUGCAGCAGUGAAAAUGAGUCUACAGACCUGCAAUAACACUGGAAUAACUAAGCAGGGCGAGGCUAGUCUUCUAGCAAGAUGCUUUUAAAAAGUGGUCUCACAAAAUCUGAAAGAGGAUGGAACAGAACCGCACAUUGCAGAGAAUGAUACCCUUCUAAGUAUCUCGAGGCAGGGAGAUGUGUGGCAGCCAGGAGCUCUCACUGAAGCUGCCCCUGGAAGCCCUGCCUAACUGCAAUAUCACCCUGACUCUGGGCAACCGCAGGGUGUCAGAGACAAUGGUGUAGUAUUGGCAGUGCUUCAGAAAUCUUGAACCAGACCAACGAAUGUUUGCAUGGAAAGCUGUUUGGGCAAAAAAAAUAAAACUAUACUGUGUGA